AAGCUUCCGAAGCUUUGUUGCGGUUUGGUGUGUCUUUUAUUUUUACGUAGAACUCAUAUCGAUCCGAUAUGCCGCGUCCGAGAAUGGAUUUUGCGACUAAUAAGUGGCGAGGCACCACGCGAGCAAGAAUGAACAGCCCUGGAGGUUAUGGGCACUGCUCAAUUGGCUCAUUCCUCGGUGCUUCUCGAAGGUACGCGUCACGUCUGUUUGGUUGGACAGCCACCAAGUUGACUUGGAUGUCAGCGCCUGUUGUCAUCAGAACCUGGUUCUUGUGCUGCCACAUCAUUUUUGGUGGUGGCGCUGUCGUCACCUCCCAACGCUUGCGCUCCCCGAGUUCCCAUUCAAGAUGGUGCUGCCACGGACUUUGGCUCGUGGGGGUGCCGUCGCUACUGACAAAGCCUGUGCUCCCCGUCGUCCCUGUUGAAAUGGUGGCUGGGACUUGGAGAGGGUUCGCUGCCACAGCCGGAUCCAGUGUUACAUUCCUGUGGCUUUUUGGUUGUUUCCCAAUUAUUGAAGGGAGUUGCAGGCUUAUCAUGGGCGACACAGUGCUUUGCUCGCACCUUCACGGAGUACAGCAAUGUGGGGAAGCAAGUCGAGGACAGCCUCUCUCGAUUUCUGUCCCGGGGGCGCUAUGCUCUUCCAGGACCAAGCAAGAAACACAGUGCAGAGAGGCAAGGAGGUAAAAUAAAGGGAGUAAAGCAAAAGGAACAGGGUAUGUGUUCCUAGUAGUCAUGCCGGCCACCUUGAGUGGCAGUGUUUGGGCAUAAGAACCAAGAAGGAAAUUCAUGAAGCCUGUAAUUCUAACACAUAUAUACUUUUGGACGUUCGAUAGGACCGGUUUCCGUGAACAUAACAGCCGAGAAAACAUGUGAGCAAGGUUCUUCUGUGCAUAUUUUUGAAUGUGCUGCAAGAAUAUUUCUGGUUAUAUGCCCACUUAAUUUAUAAUGUUUUUCUUC